CAUCGCUAUUGCAUGGGUGGAUCGGUGCGGUGGAUGACGAUUGUUUAGCUACGUUCCGUGAUACGUUUCGCCAUUUCUUGUUUACUCUGGUUUACUGUGCUUCCCUUGAUCAACAUCAUGAGCGGCUACAAUCACUUGGAGCAACUGGACAACAUCGAUAUCCUCGAUCUGCCCUAUGUGGAGCGCGAUCUAAACUUUGCUCAAAAGGUGAGCCUGUCCUUCCUGCUGUACGGCGACGAGCAUUCCAGUGCUACAUAUAUAUUGCAAAAGCUUUUGGUGCUGCACCGCGCCAACGAAACCGACUGGCGGCACAGCGACAUCUUGAGCCAGUAUGCCAAAUCCAAGCCCCAAUCGUGGCGCAAGUAUCUCGUGGAGGCUCUGUGCAUCAUCGGUGCGCGCCAGGUGCUGCGAAAACUGGGCCUACGCUGGCAGGAGCUGCGCUUGCACUACCUACCCCACAUUGGCGCCAUCAGUCUGCACAUCCAUCCGCUGUUGAAGAGCCUGUACAUGAUCUGUGAGGAGCUGUCACUGGCCCAGAGCGGACGCAUGGUGCAGAGUAUCAGGGAGAAGGCGAGCUCCGGGGAACCCCUGCGCUUCUAUGAACCGGCCUAUCUGGAGAUAUUUAUGCUUGACUGGCUGACGCGGCGUCUAAUAAGGCUGGGCGACAUCAACGCCAACGGCAGUGAUGUUCAGCUGCUGAUCGAACACUUGAAGUUCAACGAGCUGCACACCCAGGCCACGCUGCUUGUCGAUACGGUCAACAGUAAUGCCACCGAGAGUAGCGACCUCGCUCCGACUUCUUUGUGCCCCAAUCGUGAGAGUUUCGCCUCGGCAAAACCUAAUGUGGGUGACAGUGGCCUGGCCAAAGGCAGCUCCAGCCCAGCGGCAUCUGCGCUACCGCAGCGGGCCAAGAAUGCGAUUCAGCUCAGUCGCGCGAAUGCUGGAAUUGCGCUGAUAAUCAACCAGCAAAAGUUUCACCAGAAUGUCAGCGAUGAUCUCAAGAUGUACUUGCCGCCAGUUGAAUUACUGCCCCGCCAUGGCACUGAUGUGGACAAGCAGCGGCUAACUGAUGUCUUCUCGGCACUCGGCUACAAGGUGGAGCCCCACGAUAAUGUCGAUCAUUUUGCCAUGCUGGAGCAUAUACGACAGGCGUGUGAGCGCUCCCUGCUGCACGAUUCGCUGGUGGUGUUUGUCCUCUCGCAUGGCUUCGAGGAGGCUGUCUAUUGCUCGAAUAGCAUUGCUCUGCGCAUAUCGGACAUCGAGAAUGUGCUCUGUAGCUACGAUAAUUUGUACAACAAGCCAAAGCUGCUCAUCAUCCAGGCGUGCCAGCAGAAGGAUAAGAAAAACAAUGCACUGCCGUUCAAGAUCAAUGCGAGCACAAAGUCACCCGGACAGCACUUGAAUAUGCUGCGUGCCAUGUCCACUGUGCCCGGCUUUGCAGCGUUGCGACACACCCACACCGGCAGCUGGUUCAUUCAGUGUCUGUGCGAUGCCAUUGCCGAGCAUGCGGAUAGCCAUCAUAUUUUGGACAUUCUGACGAUAGUCAUCAAUAAUGUGGCCAACAAGCUGGGCAAGAAAAACGAGACCAUGGUGUCCUGCAUCUGCGUCACGUUACGACAACACGUUUACUUUCCACACAGCAGUGCCGCGGAGUUGCAGCUUCCCAGAAGUAUCUAGAGCAGAGCAUGGACAUGAGAUCUGUAGAUCCCUUUUUAAUUAAUUUAGCUAUUAUAUUUCUAAGAGCCUUAAAGUAAGCAUACCACGGGGUAGUGCUUUGCAAAGUUGUUAACUGAAUGCAUUUAAUUUGUUUGUUAUAUUCAUGGUAAAUAUAAUAAGAUCCCAAAACCAUACAGAAACUAUACAGCUGUGGUGGGAACAUCUUGAUCAUU